ACAACCAAUUCACCGGGAGAAAAAAAAUCUCUCAACGCUAGGGUUUUCGAUUCGGACGAGCGAGAGAGAGAAAGAUAAAAGGAAAAAGAUACGAUGAGCCGGAGCUUGGGCAUACCGGUGAAGCUACUACACGAGGCAUCUGGCCACGUUGUAACGGUGGAGCUUAAGAGCGGAGAGCUUUACAGGGGAGGCAUGGUCGAGUGCGAGGAUAACUGGAAUUGCCAGCUUGAGAACAUCACUUUCACCUCUAAAGAUGGAAAGGUAUCACAGCUUGAGCAUGUGUUCAUUCGAGGCAGUAAAGUCAGGUUUAUGGUCAUACCUGACAUGUUGAAGAAUGCUCCUAUGUUCAAACGCCUAGAUGCUAAAAUCAAGGGUAAGAGCUCAUCUUUAGGAGUUGGCAGAGGUAGAGCUGUUGCAAUGCGAGCCAAAGCUCAGGCUGCUGGACGUGGCACAACAGUGGGUAGAGGUGUUGUGCCAUCUGUUCGUAGGUAAAUCUUGUCUUGUUGAAUGGUUUCUAGUCUCUUCUGUGAAGAGUAGCAUUGAUCAUUAUAGGUCACCUGAGGGAAUUAUUUUGUUUAGUGAUCAAAGCUUGUACUGAUAUUUGAUGUAAAAGGAUAUAUACUUUUGUUGGGGAAAAUGAAAUUAGCAAAGUGUCUGCAUGUUUUGAAAUGCUAAAAUCCUAUUGUUUCUAGUGGCUUUUUAUAAAUGAGG